GCUCCUACUCCUCCGCCGGCUCUUCCGCCGGCUCCGGACCCUCCGCCGGCUCCCCCGGCUCCUGCUCCUCCGCCGGCUGCCGACCUGCCGCCGGCUCCUAUUCCUCCGCCGGCUCCCCCGUCUCCUAUUCCUCUGCCGGCUCCUAUUCCUCCGCCGGCUCCCCCGGCUCCUACUCCUCCGCCGGCUCUCCCGCCGGCUCCGGACCCUCCGCCGGCUUCCCCGGCUCCUGCUCCUUCGCCGGCUCUCCCACAGGGUUCUGACCCUCCGCCGGCUCCCCCGGCUCCUGCUCCUCCGCCGGCUCCUGCUCCCCCGCCGGCCGUCAACCCUCCGCCGGCUCCCCCGGCUCCUGCUCCUCCGCCGGCUGCCGACCUGCUGCCGGCUCCUAUUCCUCCGCCGGCUCCCCUGUCUCCUAUGCCUCCGCCGGCUCCCCCGGCUCCUACUCCUCCGCCGGCUCUACCGCCGGCUCCGGACCCUCCGCCGGCUCCCCCGGCUCCUGCUCCUCCGCCGGCUGCCGACCUGCCGCCGGCUCCUAUUCCUCCGCCGGCUCCCCCGUCUCCUAUUCCUCUGCCGGCUCCUAUUCCUCCGCCGGCUCCCCCGGCUCCUACUCCUCCGCCGGCUCUCCCGCCGGCUCCGGACCCUCCGCCGGCUUCCCCGGCUCCUGCUCCUUCGCCGGCUCUCCCACAGGGUUCUGACCCUCCGCCGGCUCCCCCGGCUCCUGCUCCUCCGCCGGCUCCUGCUCCCCCGCCGGCCGUCAACCCUCCGCCGGCUCCCCCGGCUCCUGCUCCUCCGCCGGCUGCCGACCUGCUGCCGGCUCCUAUUCCUCCGCCGGCUCCCCUGUCUCCUAUGCCUCCGCCGGCUCCCCCGGCUCCUACUCCUCCGCCGGCUCUACCGCCGGCUCCGGACCCUCCGCCGGCUCCCCCGGCUCCUGCUCCUCCGCCGGCUGCCGACCUGCCGCCGGCUCCUAUUCCUCCGCCGGCUCCCCCGUCUCCUAUUCCUCUGCCGGCUCCUAUUCCUCCGCCGGCUCCCCCGGCUCCUACUCCUCCGUCGGCUCUCCCGCCGGCUCCGGACCCUCCGCCGGCUUCCCCGGCUCCUGCUCCUCCACCGGCUCCUAUUCCCCCGCCGGCUCCCCCGUCUCCUACUCCUCCGCCGGCUCUCCCGCCGGCUCCGGACCCUCCGCCGCCUCCCCCGGCUCCUGCUCCUCCGCCGGCUCCUAUUCCCCCGCCGGCUCCCCCGUCUCCUGCUCCUCCGCCGGCUCUUCCGCCGGCUCCUGACCCUCCGCCGGUUUCCCCGUCUCCUAUUCCUCCACCGGCUCCCCCGGCUCCUGCUCCUCCG